AGUUACAACAGUCGCAACAUGUCGGACAUCGGAGCAGAAACUGACAGCAUAGGCACAGGCGAGGAGGGGUCUCCAGCGACCAGGAAGAAACAUCGCCAGCCGAAAAAGAAGACCCUGGCAAGACUUAAGGCCAUGAAGAAAAAUGCCAUGGGAAGUAACGAAAGCCUUGGAAACUCAUCGCAAGCCGAUUCAGAAAAAGGAAACGGUAACAAGGAAGAGGAAAAAGGGGAGACGAAACCGGACCCGAAAGAUUCCACGUCCAAAAAACCUGAGGAAAAUAAAGUAGAAAAUUCUGAGGAGUCUAAACCGAAGCCGAAACCAAGACGGCGAUUCAAGGAGUUGGUUCAAAGCGGUGACGAAGCUGACAGAAACUCCUUGUCGGACUUCGAAGGCAAGCACUCCCCCCGUCCCCCGAGUAAGCCUAAACCGCCACUACGAAAGUUCGGUAGCACAGACAGCCUUAAAUCUAGCUCAUCUGUAGAUGUAGAAAACAAGGCGCAGGGUUUGAACUUACAAAAAACGACUGGUAGUGCGUCCUCCACAGACUCGCGAGUAGCCAGGCCUCUCCGGCCAGGCCAAUGGAGAGGACCCAUCGAGCCUAAAGUCGCUAAAACUAAACCCAGCACUAGUGGUACUGACGCUCUCUCAGACUACAGUUCAGACGAGGGCAACAAAACAAAAAAAGAGAAUAGGAAAUACAUAGAACAAAAGGGGUCUAAUUCCACAGGGAAUACAUCAAAAGAAAACGAAUCACCUGGAAAAGGUACAAUGCCCGAGGGCAACGGAAACAAUGGUAACCAAGACGCCGAUAAACAGGCUGAGGGGGGAAGUAGUCCAACUGGUGGUGGGAAUACAGUAACUGGUGGGUCAUCCUCUGACGACGAUGUUGUCAUACCUAGUUCUAAACCUAAGUCAGACAUGGGAGACUCCGAAACAACAGUACAGAAAAUAGAAGGUAGUUUAUCUUCUCAAAAUUCUAGUCAUGUAAAUGAUAGGAUAGCUGCUGUUAUGGAUAACAGCAGAGCUAAGGACAGCAAUGACAGCGAUGGUUCUAUAUCCGACAUGGUACCAGAACUAGAGGCAAGGCUGACGGCAAAGUUAAAAAUGGAAGACAUGGGACCAAAGACGUCAACCCCCCUGAAGCGACAGUCGUCAUCUCUAACAAGCGACACUUCGUCACUGGUUUCCGUGACUAGUGAAUCCUCUUCCGAAGACGACGACCUGUUUCUUGCCAAUCACAAACAGGGAUCGAAUAGAUUGGAACCGCUAAAAACGGCACCGAACCUACCACCAAUGGAAGGUAACUUGUCGUCGCAAUCGCUCAGAACUACGAUCAAAACCGAAUUCCCGGUGUAUUCGUUGUACCAUGGAGAGAGAUCGAACUCGAUGCCGGGGCUGAACGCUCAUCCGCUGAGUCGUACGGAGUCGGACAUGUCCGUAAUGUCGUUCCAGUCGGUUAGCGCUCUACCGAUGAUCCAAACACGGGCUGCAAGGGACAGGAGUUAUCUGCUGGGCAGCAGCAUGAGUUCUGGGGCCCUGCUAGGACAGGAUGAACUGGAGAGAUACUUCCCUGACCGAAGGAUGACCAUCUUUGUAGGAACAUGGAACAUGCAUGGAGAAAAGGACCUGCCAGAGAAGAUCGAUGACUUCCUUCUCCCUGAGUGCUGUGAAUAUGUCCAGGACAUGUACGUAAUGGGCUUUCAGGAGGGAACACCAUCAAGGCGUGAGUGGGAGAUCAGGAUGCAGGAGACCCUGGGCCCCACCCACGUGCUGUUCUACUCCGGGACCUACGGAGUUCUCCAUGUCUGCGUCUUCAUCCGGAGAGACCUCAUCUGGUUCUGCUCAGUUGCAGAAGAAGAUACUGUCAGUACAAGAGCCUUCUCCCAGAUAAAAACCAAGGGAGGACUAGCUGUUUCCUUCAACUUCUUUGGGACGUCCUUUCUCUUCAUCAACUCUCACUUUACAUCUGGUGACAAUAAGGCAAAGGAGCGGAUAGCCGACUACAGUAAGAUCUGUGAGGCUAUCAACCUGCCAAAGGUCAUCCCUGUCAAUCAACACAGCACCGACCCAAGUAGUGAGGAACCUAAAAAGUCUGCAUGGAAAUGGUCACCAAAAAACAAGCAGAAAAAGCCUUCCAAAAAAGUAGCUGCAGUUUCCCCCACUUCUGGAAAGUCAGAUGACUGCACCUCGCGGUUUGACUGCGUGUUCUGGUUCGGCGACAUGAACUUCCGCCUGGACCACGAGAGGUCAAAGGUUGAGGAACUGAUCAAGCACGGGCACAAGUCUGACUACAGGGAGCUCGUGGCACACGACCAGCUCACUAAUUUCAUGAAGAAGGAGGAGGCCUUUGUCGGUUUCAAGGAGAACCAGAUCCGAUUCCCCCCCACCUACAAGUUUGACUUGAACACGGACCAUUAUGACACCUCCCCGAAGCUCAGGGUCCCCUCAUAUACAGAUCGAGUGUUGUACAAGUGUAAGAAGCCAGGAGACAUCACAGCACUAAAUUACAGUAACGUGCCAAGUAUCAAGAUUUCGGACCACAGGCCUGUCUACGCUGUGUUUGAGGUCAAGAUCAGGCCUGGGAGAGACACUAUCCCCUUGGCUGCAGGACAGUUUGAUCGGGAAGUUUAUAUUGAAGCCAAUAGAAGACGUGCCAUGCAGGUCAACGUGGAGCGCAAACAGAGCCGCAUCUGUUCCAUCAUGUAGGAACUUCAAUGUGAGACCUACACACCUGUGAGAGACCAGAAUUCCACAUUUAUAGACUGCCGCCUUUUUUUCCGUACCCUUUUCUUCAAUAUGUGGAACAUAACCCAAGAUUUUAGUCCCUUCUUACACAUUCUUAUAAUUACUUAUUUGUGGUAGCAUUUGAUAUAAAGUAAACAACAGAAAAUGUAACUUGCCUAUUGUGUACUAGUAAAACACAGCAGCUUUCUGAUUGGUCAAGAAGUUUUUAUUCUAAUGACAUCACACUUUCUGUUUAUGGUCUCCCUUAGUUUUUAACACCAAGACAGCUUUAAAAAAAAUUUAUUCCUACAUAUGUGACUGUACAACUGAUUGACAUAAUUAAUGUAAAUCAUAAUCAGAUGUAAUAUAUAGAUCAGUGUUGUAUUGAUAUUUUACUGUACAGUGCCCUGAUAAUUCCCCACAAAAUAAAAAGACCUGAAAAAAUACAGAGAUCUUAUUUUUGUGUUGUGAAAGGAAUAGAAUCAAUGUUAAGCGCAUGAUGUAAAUUGUAACUAAUAUUAUCAAGAUGUUGUUGUAGAUAUGUAUGUAGCAAACUGAUGAUGUAAUGUGUGAGUGCCUAAAUUGUGAAUAACAUGCUGUAGUAAUACUUAAGUCAGAGUGUAUGGCUUUCAUUUUCUAUCCAAGUGGAUAAGAAACUGCAGGUCAUAUUAACUAUGCUUUUCUGUCUUUCUUGGUAUCUCUAUUGACAGAACAACUGAAAACAGGACUGAUCAUUUUACAGAGCAAUUUCAUGUACAUUGUAUUCUGCCAUAUUGGUGUACCAAUUUGCAUGUAAUUGAAUCAAACUUUAAGCACUGUUGGCAUUUAAACAUCUUCUGACAUUCUCCAACCAGAGGUCAAAUGUCAAAAAAGAGAAUACCAGACGAAUACUGUACUUAAAGUCAACAAAGUCAAAAAUGCUGUGUACGCUUGAAAUUUGGUUCAUUGAAAUGCUAAUAGGGACACCAAUAUGGCCGUCAGCACUACAUUGAUAUGGAAAGAUACAAGCACUCAAUAUUGCAUUGAAAAGCCUUACUGCAUGAAGUCACAUAAAGAUCUGAUACAGAGAAUACCAAAAACAGCAUUUUAACUUUAAAUGUGUUAUUAUUUCAAAUCAUCUCAUCACUUCUUCUUAUCUUCUGGUUUUAUGUAAUCAAAAGGAUAAUCAUUUAGUUUUAAAAUAUGGAGGGACCAAAUCUAGUACAUGUAUUGUGAUUGGAUGAUAUUGUACAGUAGAGUGGCAUACAAUGUACAUGGAUAUAAAGUUGUAUUUUUGUAAUAACUAAUGCUAAUUGUGCCUAGUGUAUCUAAUGUUGCAUCAAAUUGUGGACCAAGACCCCAUAGCCCUUUUCCAUGACCAAGAAUUUAGCCGAAUGACUUUUGCCAAGCUUAACAAAGAUUGUAACUGAUACUGUAUUAUGUUAUGUGUGACAAAGAAAGUGGUAAUUUAUUCAAAUGUCAUUCCAAAAACAUCCAGAUUUGUUAUAGUUGCAGACAAGCUGAUGAGAAAUAAGUGUGAAAGGUAGGUUUUAAUAUUUUGAUUGUAUCACUUACACCACUCCAUAGUUUUGUACUUCAAUAUUUUAUGUCAGAAAAUAUAUUUGUAGGACGCUAACGUAUAGUUGUACCUAAAUGUCCUCCUAGACUAUAUCUGUGUUGCUUAGAGACUUGGAGCUUUGUAUAGUUUUUUCUUCCCCAUUUUAUCUUGUCUUUAAUGCCAAAGCACAGAAUAUCACCUUGUGUGUAAGAUUUUAUGUUGCUUAAUGCUAUGAUCUAUAGUGUAUGUUUAAAGACAUCAUUUUGGUCCCUUUCAGCUCCAAAAAUGGAGUGUGUUCAAGAUGGAAACUAGAUGUUAGAAAAUAACAAAGAAUGCUGAAGAUCGUACGAUGUGUGAAACA